AAUCAACGGACUGGAUGUAAUCUCAUACGUUAAAAACCCUAGAAUUAUAAUAGCCUCGAAACCAUUCUCUUCUUCUCAAACCCUAAAUUAGCCGAAAUCGAGCAGACACUCCGUUCUUCGAACCCCAAACCGUAAGCAGAAUGAAGAUUGUUUGCGCUUACUUGUUGGCUGCUUUGGGAGGAAAAUCCAGCCCAACUGUCGAUGAUGUUAAGGAUAUUCUUUCAUCAGUUGGUAUUGAACCUGAUGAGGACAGGCUUCAGUUGUUCUUUGACCAGGUCUCUGGUAAAGAUCUAGCAGAACUAAUUGCUGCUGGAAGAGAAAAACUUGCCUCUGUACCUGCUGGUGGUGGCGCAGUUGCAGUAGCAGCUGCUCCAGCCGGAGGUGCAGGUGGCGCUGCUGCAGAGCCUGCAAAGGAGGAGAAGGUCGAAGAGAAAGAAGAAUCCGACGAUGAUAUGGGUUUCAGUCUCUUUGAUUAAGUGGGCUUUACAUGAAAUUAUUGUCUUCUAAAUGUAUUUCAAGUUUUGUUUUUUUAUUGAGUUGUCUUGGAUUUUAUUUGGAAGAUUCAACAAUUUCUUCUACCUUGUUCUUGAGUGGUAAUUGGCAGACAAUUAGUUGUCAUGUUGGAUUGUGUGAUCUGUUUAGUGAUCUUAUAUAGGAGUAUAAUUUUACUUUUCCUCUUUGGCAAUAUUCUCCAAAUUUGGCUCGACAGUUUUUCAUUCAUUGUAUGAAUCCUUCCCAAAUUGAUAAGAUCAUCAUUGGCGACAGCUUGGUCUGUUGGUCAAUGACGGGAAUACAAAUCAAGUAAUGAAAAAUUUCUUUUGCUUUGAA